GAUGAGUUUUGGACCAAUCCAGAUCUGUUUCGGGCCUCGAAGCCCAAAAGUAAACGCCGGUAACCUCAGUGCCAUCAGAGCGUCUUCAACUUCAAAUCUCCCCUUCCAUUAACACUACCUUCCAAUCUAGUCAUGGCCGAGAGCGAGGCCGAGGUCCCCAAAGCGAAACCACGCCCAAUCGUGCGCCUCGGGAUCUUCCUCAUCUCCCACAGCUGCCUCUUUAGUGUGAUUUGCUGCACAGCAGGGGUUUUGACUCUUCUGCUGCUUCCUGUUCUCGCCAAGAACACCUACAUUUCCGAGAAUGCCCUCAUGCCAGGUUCUGCAAAUCCCAUGUUCUCUAGUCAGGAAGUGUCGGAGGCAAAUAGACUGGUGAAAAGUUUAACCAGUUUGGAUUCGAAACCUGUGGGCAGUGGCAUAGAAAGUCAAAGACUGAUAGCUGAAUAUAUGUCUGAUCUGGGUGCUGAGAUUAGCUAUCACAAGUUCUACCCUCGUUCGAAUCAAUUUCAUCCACUGCACUUUUUCUCUUAUCCCGAUUCUGGAUCAACUCGGGAGAACGUCAGUUGUAUAUCACAUGGUCUUAACACUGUUGGAAUAAUAAGAGCGCCGCGUGGUGAUGGGAAAGAAGCCAUUGUCUUGGUGACGCCUUACAAUUCUUUAAAGGUUGGUCCGGGCGAGGCUUUGUCAUUGGGCAUUGCAUACUCAGUGUUCUCCUUGCUAACCCAAGUUACUUGGCUGGCUAAGGAUAUUAUAUGGCUUGUUGCGGAUUCGAGAUAUGGGGAAUACGCCGCUGUCAAUGCUUGGCUAAGAGAUUAUCACAUGCCUGUAUUUAGUGGAUUAAGUGCUCUAAAGGCUGAAAUUUGUCCUGUGAGCAAUGUUCAUAAUGAACUGAAAGAGAACAGUGUCACAGAAAGAAAGAUAAAUGAUGGUUUUAGACGUGCUGGGACUAUGGCUACAGCCCUUGUAAUUAAGGUUACUGAUGGAAGUGAACAUUUUGAGGAUAGUCUUAGCAUCUAUGCAGAAGCAUCCAAUGGACAGAUGCCAAACCUAGACCUCAUCAAUAUCGUCAACUAUUUAGCAGUUCAUAGGCAAGGUUUGCGAGUAAAGGUGGAGAAAAUGCGGUCUUUAAUUAAUUGCAAAUGGCUCAAGAUUCUGGGUGAAAUACUCCAAUCACUAGGACAUGUGGCUAAAAGCUUAAACCCACAGUGGAAGUUUGGUAUCCCAGCUAAAGAUUAUGUUGAGGGCGCUGCUACGCUUGCAAGUUCGCUGUAUUACCAGGCUUUGGGUGUUCCUACAGGUCCUCAUGGUGCUUUUCGUGAUUAUGAGAUAGAUGCGAUUACUAUGGAAAUUUCUUCCAGAGUUGCUUUGAAUAACAAGGCAAGGAAAAAUGACUUCCUUCUCCGAGGUGGCAGGUUAAUUGAAGGAGUUAUACGAACAGUAAACAACCUCCUCGAGAAGUUUCACCAGUCAUUUUUUCUGUACCUUUUAACAUCACCUAGUAAAUUUGUAUCAGUUGGAGUCUACAUGAUUGCUUUUGCACUCCUUGUGGCAUCACUGCCGGUGGUUGCAGCUUCUCUAUAUGCUGAUGCUCAUAAAGUGGAUCCUAGUUUUGGAAUCGACAAGUCCACUCCUCAAGCCAGUGCUACUGAUGAACUUAGCAUCACUCCGAGAUCAUGCAAAUGGCUUAAUGCAGCAAAAAAAGUGUUUUUAGUUCACUUGUGGGGUGCUGUUGUCUCAUUCCUUCCAUAUUUCAUCUGUCAAAUACCCAGUUGCACUCCAACAACCAGCUUUGUAGUCUGGGUUUUGCUCUCAAGCUUCAGCCUGCCAAUCUUGAGCUUGAUUUUGGGUUCUUCAUUUUCCUAUGGCAGGCCCUCUCAACCGCAAAAAAGAGAUUGGACUCUCCUGAAAUCGGUGACUAUCUCAGCUGCUUUCAUUGGUCUGUGCCUCAUGUCAGUCAUCAACUUUGCUACUGCCGAAAUUGGGGCUUUACUAAUGGUCCCAAUGUGUUUGAUGGCUCAACCUUUGAAGCUUGAUAUUAGAUCUAGAAAGCUGAGAAAAUUUUUGAGGGUGGCUUGUAAUCUGGCUUUGGGUUUUCUUGGGUUUCCACCAGCCGGUUUUUUUGUGCUGAAAGGUGCAUUUGAAGGUUUUGGAGGCAUUACCGUUGGUGACUUCUGGAGUUGGUUGGAGUCCAUUUGGUCAUGGAGCAGUGCGACUUACCUCUAUAUAGCAGGCUGGUUUGAGAGAACUAGGUCAUAGAGAAGGAGGUGCUUCAGGUAUAUAAUCUUCCAUCUUUGUGAGCAGUUUAGUAUCAUGAACACAGAGGGCCACUCCUGAGGCACGGGUUGGUUGGCAUGCACCAUUUUAAUUGAGGUUCUACAUUAUACCUAAGAAUGAUUGAUCAGAGGGUUGUCAAUAAUAGAAUGCCCAUUUAGUGAGUGAGCUUGCUUUGAUUAUAUGCGCUGAGCCUCAGCCAAUGGUGAGACCUGCAAUCCGAACAUGAGAGCACUAAUUUCCCAACUGAGAGGUGGGUGUCCUAAGGUUUAGUUUCAUUGGUUACGGUGUGUUAAAUCAUUCUUUAAAUCCAUUUAGCAGGGUUUUUGCUUAGCACCAAUGUUAUUGGGGUGGGAUUCACGCCAGUUAGGUUAAAAAGUAAAUAUAGAUUCUUCACUACUGCACCAGUGCAAUAUUGAGUACUUACCAAUAGGGAAUAUUGAUUGGAUCUCUCUCUCCCUCUCUCACUCGGGUACACACUGUUUUUCU